GUAGACAAUCUCAAACAGCCUUUGAAUGAUGAAAUCUGCUAUUUUACUGAUGGUUUCUUGUGUUUUCAUGUUUCUUGUCGUGAGCUAUAUUCAAGACGUAGAAGGUGCGAACAAGAGGUGUCACCUAAAUCAAAUGUUCACUGGAAAAUGCGGAAAUGAUGGGAACAAGGCUUGCUUAGGCGAUUUCAAAAACAAGAGAUUUAGAUAUGAUCUUUGCCAAUGUACUGAUGCAACUCAAAUAUCACCUUCAUUACCUCCCCAACGUGUGUGCAAUUGCAGUCGUCCUUGCUAAAUUUUAUCUAUCAAUCCUUUAUUUUUUUGUCAACUUUAUAUAUCUAUCCCAUAAAUCAAAGGAAUAUUUAUUACUAAUGAAUACAAUUUGU